GAACUCCAAACUCUCCACGACCCCCUUUCACUGCAUGGCAGACGCAAACACGCAUUCCACGUGUGCUAAAAGUGUCUAUGGAAUCUAUAUGAGAUCCUCAACUUUCUCAGAGUUUCUAUCUUACGCAAUAAAGCAACAUUCCAAUGAGGUUUCCUCCCAAUGUCGUGCGUAAUAGCGAGAGGAAAUAAUGCGUAAUGCCUGCCGCGUGCGCUCAGCCACGUUUGUGCGUGUUAGGCUGCAGGUACUCCCUCACCCACACUGCGCUCUGGAUAUCUUGGUCUGAGAUAUCCACAGAGGCAGCCAGGUCAGACGACCAGACCGACACGGUUUCAAUAUGCGCUCGCUAAUGCGUGCUGCGUUUCAGUCCCCGAGCGCAUCCGGCACAACGCUCGAUUUUGGUUUGACGCACUCGGUCCUCUGUUCUCGGCUUUUUUGUACUACACAAGCUGACAACCCAGCGGGUCACUGGAGACAAUUCGGUGGCUGGCUGAUGACCAAACCCGUCCAGGCGCACGCAGAGAUGGACUGCAGUUGUACUUGAAGAGGAGGAUGGAGAAUCCAGCCAAGUAUCUCUCUUCGGUGCAGGGGGUUGAUUCUGCGCCGGCACCCCUCGGAGAGAUUAUGUGGAACAGCACUGGAGCGGAGGCAACAAGCGAUGCGGGGAAGGAUAUGGUGGUGCGCACGGUGACGGGCUGUCUGUUGUCCCUGCUCAUCCUCUGGACCCUGCUGGGGAACAUCCUGGUGUGCUCCGCGGUGCUGCGCUUUCGGCACUUGCGGACCAAAGUCACUAACAUUUUUAUCGUGUCCCUGGCUCUGUCGGAUUUAUUUGUCGCCGUCCUGGUGAUGCCAUGGAAAGCAGUGGCAGAGGUGGCAGGGUACUGGCCGUUUGGCACUUUUUGUAAUGUCUGGGUUGCUUUUGAUAUCAUGUGUUCCACUGCCUCCAUCCUUAACCUCUGCAUCAUUAGUGUGGAUAGAUACUGGGCAAUAUCGAGCCCUUUCCGUUACGAGAGGAAAAUGACCCAGCGAGUUGCCUUUGUUAUGAUAAGCAUCACUUGGACGUUGUCAGUGCUCAUUUCAUUCAUACCGGUCCAGCUAAACUGGCACAAAGCCAGCGCUGAGGAUAGGGCGCACAACUCCACAAGUUGGCAGUUUGAGGAAAACUGCGACUCCAGCCUCAGUAGAGAGUAUGCUAUAUCCUCCUCCCUGAUAAGUUUCUACAUUCCUGUAGCAAUUAUGAUUGUAACAUACACGAGAAUCUACCGGAUUGCACAAAUUCAAAUUAGGAGAAUAGCCUCUCUGGAGAGAGCGGCAGAGCACGCGCAAAGUUGCAGGACCAACCGAAUCGAGUGCCAACACCACACCACGUUAAAAACGUCCAUAAAACGGGAAACCAAAGUGUUUAAAACUUUGUCGGUGAUUAUGGGCGUCUUUGUUUGUUGCUGGUUACCUUUCUUCGUUCUGAACUGCAUGGUUCCUUUCUGCGAGAGGCGCGCCACAGACCGGGACGCGGGUCUGCCGUGCGUUAGCGAGACCACCUUCGACGUGUUCGUGUGGUUCGGCUGGACCAACUCCUCCCUGAACCCCAUUAUUUACGCCUUCAACGCCGAGUUCCGGAAGGCCUUCGCCAGUCUGCUGGGCUGCCGUAAUUUCUGCUCCAACACGCCCGUGGAAACGGUCAACAUCAGCAACGAGCUUGUCUCCUACAACCAGGACACCCUGAUCCACAAGGAGAUCGCGAACGCUUACGUCAACAUGAUCCCCAACGUGGUUGAAUGUAUAGAACACGAGGAGACGUUUGACAGGAUCUCACAGUUUUCCCACAACAUAGACAACGCCACCGACUCCGUCUGCGACUUGGAGGACUGCGAGGCAGACAUCAGUCUUGACAGGAUGUCCCCCUUCACACCCAAUGGAUUACACUGACACUGCGUCAUCCCCGUGCGUGACUGGAUGUAUUGGUUAUAAUGUCAUUUAGCUUCUAAGUCCCAGACACUCCACUCCACAUGGGAGGCCAGAGGUUCUGAGUUGCUGAUGAGGUCCUGGCAAGGGGUGUUGGGGGUCCUUCUGUGUGUGUGUGUCUUGAGGGUGUGUGACAAAUUAACAGAGCACAAGCUUCUGCAGCCACAAGGCCACCCUGCCUCCACUUUGUCUUUUAAGAGAUGUGAAGUUAUUGUCAUGUUCUAAAAAAAAAAAAAAAAGUGAUGUGUUGGUGUUUCUUUACAUGGCAAGUGAAGUGGGUGUUCCUUUGUUCAAAGUUUCAGUGUUUCUAAAGCUGUUGUUUACUCACAGGCUUUACUCUGAGCACCUGUGUGUCAGUGCCCAUCCAUUAGGAGGUGUUUGUAAAGGACAAAAAAGAGCAACCAUUAAGGAAACCUUUGCUGCUUAAUAACCUCACGUGUAUCUAGUGCCCGCCUUUCCGCUCAGAAUGAAAAUUGAGAGGCAGCCUUACAGACAGCAAAGCUGAGUUAGUUAAAUGCAGUUACUUCAUCGCCUUACAGCAAACUGAAGGAAGACUUCUGAGACUUGCAAGGAAUGUGUCCUUUGGAGUUUAAGUUACAUGAUGCCAAAAUGCAUUAUUGAAGUGUUUGACCGCUUCAGCCACCCCUGUGACUCUUUCAGCUCACUCUUUCCUCCCCAUGUGGACAGUUACACAGUUCAGUCUAGACACAGAAAACUGCCAGCUUUGAUGAGGUGAAAAUGACGCAAAAGCACAAAAUCUACAGUGAUAAAUUUAUGAGGCUAGACUAAUGGAAUCUCUCAUCCAGAUGAAAAAUCUGUGAAUUGACUUUUUAACCAUUAUAUUGUGUUUGGGUCAAAAUUGACCCACGGGUCAAUAUAAGGGUUAAUUACUUGCAUUUAUUACUCUUUUCUGAUCUCUGAUUUCAUAUCGAGGCCAAAACUGAAGUAAGGGGUUCAGCUUUACCUGCCAGAGUUGGAUCGUACUAAACACAGAGAGAAGGGGGGGGGGGGGGGGGGACAAAUCAAUAUUGUCUUACACACGACCAAAGACUUCAAGGGGGAAAUCAAUAAGUCAGACACAUUAGAUUUGCUGUGAUCAGGUGAGGGAAUUGUUUCCACAGAAGGGCCCAAACACUUUAAAGUCCAAUCGGGGCCAACAGAGCAGGAUGUCAUGUCACCUGUUUUUAGCAUCUUUGUACUGUGCAGAUGAACUGACCUGAAUGUACAACUGUCUUUUAAAUGGUGAAUUGUGUCAUCAUUUGUCUAAUAAAAUACAGUCAUGGAGACAGGAAGAUA